AUGUAUAGGACCCAUACAGAUUCAAUGGCGUUCCAACAAGAGUAUCCUGACAAGGUGCGCUCCCCCACAGACGCACAGGGAAAUACUCAAACUGCAGCUACUAUUACUACGACAACAACACAUCAAGAGAACACCAGUGACGACAAUGGAUCCACAUCGUCACACAAUAAUAAUAAUGGAGCGCCAAGCAGUGAUACCCCUGAUGAACUCUCAAACGAGGAAGAAGAAAAACGAUAUAAUCGAGCGUUGAACCGCAAACUGGACAUCGUCAUGCUCCCGUUCCUGUCAUUCUUGUAUCUUUUCAGCGGGUUGGAUAGAGGAAAUGUUGGAAACGCAGAGACUCAAGGUGAGGAUGAAAUCGUCUCCUUAUUAUAA